AUGUUGUUUUUGAGCUCAUGGGUUUCUUGUGGAACAGCCUCUGUUUCAUAUGACCAUAAGGCCAUUUCUGUGAAUGGACAGAGGAGGAUUCUUAUCUCUGGUUCCAUUCACUAUCCAAGAAGUACACCGGAGAUGUGGCCAGAUCUUAUUCAGAAGGCCAAAGAUGGAGGUUUGGAUGUGAUACAGACUUAUGUUUUCUGGAAUGGGCAUGAACCUGAACCUGGGAAAUAUUAUUUUGGAGGAAGAUAUGAUCUGGUGAAGUUUAUUAAGCUGGUGCAGCAAGCAGGGCUUUAUGUUCAUCUCAGAAUAGGCCCCUAUGCAUGUGCUGAAUGGAAUUUUGGGGGUUUUCCUGUUUGGCUCAAGUAUGUCCCAGGCAUUAGUUUCAGGACAAAUAAUGGGCCUUUUAAGGCUGCUAUGCAAAAAUUCACAACCAAGAUUGUGAAUAUGAUGAAAGCUGAAAGAUUGUAUGAAUCUCAGGGUGGUCCUAUUAUUCUAUCCCAGAUUGAGAAUGAGUAUGGACCUAUGGAAUACGAGCUCGGUGCACCCGGUCGAGCUUACACACAAUGGGCAGCCAAGAUGGCUCUGGAUCUUGGCACUGGUGUACCAUGGGUGAUGUGCAAACAAGACGAUGCUCCUGAUCCAAUUAUUAAUACGUGCAAUGGUUUCUACUGUGACUACUUUUCCCCCAACAAGGCUUAUAAACCAAAAAUGUGGACUGAAGCCUGGACUGGGUGGUUUACUGAAUUUGGAGGUCCAGUUCCUUACCGUCCUGCAGAAGAUUUGGCAUUUUCUGUAGCAAAAUUCAUACAGAAAGGGGGUUCUUUCAUAAAUUAUUACAUGUAUCAUGGAGGAACAAACUUCGGCAGGACUGCCGGUGGUCCAUUUAUUGCCACAAGCUAUGACUAUGAUGCACCCCUUGAUGAAUAUGGACUAUUGAGACAACCGAAGUGGGGUCAUCUGAAAGAUUUGCAUAGAGCAAUAAAGCUAUGUGAGCCUGCACUAGUGUCGGGAGAUCCUACUGUGACAUCACUUGGAAACUAUCAGGAGGCUCAUGUUUUUAACUCCAAGUCCGGAGCUUGCGCUGCUUUUCUUGCGAACUACAACCAGCAUACUUUUGCAAAGGUGUCAUUCAGGAAUAUGCAUUAUAACCUGCCUCCUUGGUCAAUCAGUAUCCUUCCUGAUUGCAAGAACACUGUUUAUAACACAGCGAGGAUUGGUUCUCAAAGUGCACAGAUGAAGAUGACCCCUGUUAGAGGGUUUUCUUGGCAGUCAUACAAUGAAGAGACAGCCUCGUACGAAGACAAUUCAUUUACGGCAGCUGGAUUGUUGGAGCAGAUUAAUACCACCAGAGACAUGACUGAUUAUUUGUGGUAUUCAACAGAUGUGAAGAUUGACCCCCGUGAAGGAUUUUUGAGAGGUGGGAAGUGGCCUGUUCUUACAGUCUAUUCGGCCGGCCAUGCUCUGCAUGUUUUCAUUAAUGGUCAAUUAUCAGGAACUACCUAUGGAAGUUUAGAAAACCCCAAAUUAACUUUCAGUCAAGGUGUAAAUCUGAGAGUUGGUGUCAACAAAAUUUCUCUACUGAGCAUUUCUGUUGGUCUCCCGAACGUUGGUCCUCAUUUUGAAAAGUGGAAUGCUGGUGUUCUUGGUCCAGUUUCACUUAGUGGUCUUAACAAAGGUAAAUGGGAUUUGACAUGGCAAAAAUGGUCGUACAAGGUUGGUCUAAAAGGAGAGGCUCUGAGUCUUCAUUCUCUCAGUGGAAGCUCUUCCGUUGAAUGGGUAGAAGGUUCCUCUAUUUCUCAAAGGCAGCCAUUAACAUGGUACAAGACUACUUUCAAUGCUCCGGGUGGAAACGAGCCUUUGGCUUUAGAUAUGAAUACCAUGAGUAAAGGUCAGGUGUGGAUAAAUGGUCAAAGCAUUGGACGCUACUGGAAUCAAUACAAAGCAUCUGGCAAUUGUGGUGCCUGUAAUUAUGCCGGUUGGUUCAAUGAGAAGAAAUGCCUUAGCAAGUGUGGGGAAGCCUCUCAGAGAUGGUAUCAUGUUCCUCGAUCCUGGCUUCGUCCAACUGGAAACUUGUUGGUUAUAUUUGAAGAAUGGGGGGGAAAUCCCAACGGGAUAUUCUUGGCAAAAAGAGAGUUAGCAAGCGUGUGUGCAGAUAUAUAUGAAUGGCAGCCAACAUUGGUGAAUUGGCAAAUGCAAGCAUCAGGGAAAGUCAACAGACCAUUGAGGCCUAAAGCUCACCUCUCGUGUGCUCCCGGUCAGAAGAUCUUAUCUAUCAAAUUUGCUAGCUUUGGAACUCCUCAAGGCAUCUGCGGAAGCUUCCGAGAGGGAAGUUGUCAUGCCCAUCAUUCUUAUGAUGUUUUUGAAAAGUACUGCAUUGGGCAACAAUCUUGUGCUGUACCUGUAACCCCCGAGAUCUUUGGAGGAGAUCCAUGUCCAAAUGUUAUGAAGAAACUUUCUGUCGAAGUCAUUUGCAGUUAA